AUGAAAUCCAGUAUAGUUCUAACCAGCCUCUUGAGUACGCUAGCAAUUGCUACAGACACCGGUGCUCUCGAGGAGAAUCCUGCCGCAACUACUAUACAACAAUUGUUGCAAGACACGGAAACCGUCGCUACCAAUACAGCUGAACAGAACGGUAAGGUGGAUACAACAGCAGUAGCAGCAGCUAUAACGGCCGCAGCCACCGUUGCUACCACCGAUGCAGCCACCAAUACAUAUGCGGUAGCGCCCAGUGGUACUAUUGUGACUACCGAUGCUCAAGGACGGACAACCACGCAAUUGGUAUGGUACAACCCUGCAAACGUAGCGUCUGGGAAAACGGAUGCGGCAACUGCCACCGCGAAGGACACCACUAAAGUUUCCGACAAAAAGGGUACACUACAGAGCACAGAGACGGCGAAGGUAAAGACGGGCAGCGUAGCGAGCGAGACACACACCACUACAGACGGACCACUGAGCACCGUUGUGGGCACGAACUCGCUGGGACAAACGUACACCUCUACGCUAUGGUGGUUACCAAGCACUGUAACCACUGCUACCAGCGGUAGCAGCCACAGCAGUGGUAGUAGCAGCGGGAGCAGCAAGAAACGGUCGUCCACAGCGACAAUCGCGAAGAACCGCAACGGCACAACCAGCGACAACAACGGUGUGCUAUUACACGCCAACGGCGUCUACGGCAUGGGAGCCCUCCUCGCGAUUUUCCUGUUUUGA